AAUAGGACAGAGCACUGUGCAAUGGAUUUUACCAAUUAGAAAUAAAAAAAUUAAUUUUAAACAACUUAUCUGCCGUGUAAUAUCCAUCAAAAACACCUGUAAUUGAUGAGUCUGACCAACCCUAGGGCCAAAACCGUCAAUAAAAGCAAGCCAUUUGAAGGGUCGAAAAACCCACACACUUGCACUAAGCAAACAACAACAGUACUGAAUCAACUUAUCGAGUUUAACCCCUUCAAAGAAAAAAAAAAAAGAGAGAGAAAUCUGCACCAGGAAAAACCAGAGACAGAGCUAUGAAUGAUCAGUGGUUUCACCAAUAAAAUCAGUGGUUUCAGUCACAUAUGAGGAUUCGCAAGAACAGAAAGUUGUGUCACGGGUUAGGUUUGGGAGUUGAUAAUGCAGAGCAGCUGCAGCCCCACUUUUGCCAGCUUAAUCAGUCACCAUGGGAUGCGAUUCCCUUCACUCAAGAAUCUGUUCGUCAGUUCGAGAGACAAAAUAGCUUCGAUGGAAAUGGGACCCUCUAUGACUCUGUUCCUGCUGCUGCUGAUGAUAGAGAAACGGUCAUGGAUAAUCAAGAAGCGAAACUAGAGAGCGAAUUCAAAUUAAACAGAAGCGAGAGUAGUGAUAUCGAUGACAAGGACACUUGGCAUUGCAAGAACGAGAAUGAACCAGCCGACUCCAUGUGUGGCCAUCAUUUUGCCUAUGUCAAAUCUUGCAGCAGCAGCACUGCUGAUUCUCAUUGUGAUCUUGGCCUUACAGAUUCCCCAAUCAAGAAAACUGAAAAGGUGAAUUGCGGGGCGCGUAGAAGAGUCAGACUAAGGGCAGCCAAACGAACCAGGUCCUUGAAUUCAAAUUGGCAGGAAUUUUACUAUUAUUCUGGGUUUGGCCCGCUUUGGGGCAAGAAGAAAGAUAGAGGAGAAGGGAAAAGUAACAAGGGCAGCAUUGAUAAUGAGAGAUUAAUUGGUGGCGGUGGUGGUGCUGCUAUUAGUGGGAGUGCCAGCACUGGUUAAAAUUGGCAUCAUGCUAUCUCCAGCUGACAAACUUAAUGAGAAAAUUUAUGAUCUUGAUGGAGAAAUAGAUAUGAAGAAGAAUGAAAAUGACCAAACCUGUAUGUGAAACUUGGCAAAACAAAGUCCUUAGACAUAUAUGUAAUCUGAGACCGAUCGCUGCAAGUGAGGGCCGGGUGGUGAUAAAUUGUUUCCCCUUCUUUCCGACUUGUGUUGAGUUUGAUAAUUCUAGGUUACAUAUGGAUUUUACAAAUCCAUCAUUUUAAAAUUACAAGUCACAUAAAAUUUAUAAAGUUAUUAUAUUAUUGCACCUCAUCAUUUAAUGAUAGCUAUUAACAAAGUCAAUUUUACUCUA